UUAGUUAUCUAACAAUUAAAUACUCGAAUGUUUUAUUUGCAUGUUCGUCAAGAUAUAAUCUUAUCGAAGAUUCAUUAACAGAAGGAGUAUUUAAGGGAGCGAAACGAUUCAGGUCAUUACAUUCAGUGAGAUCCACUACCAGAAGCAACAUGAUGAAAUUCGCAUUCGCCCUCGUCGCAGUCCUGGCUUUGGCCAGCCCCCUGCAAGCUUACAAUGUUCCACGUACAGGAAGCGGUGUCCUGGCUAACGAAAUCCAGGAGUUCGUCGAUCUUGUGCCAACAAAAGAAAUAAUGAAUAUCGUCCUUCGUUACAUCGCCACUGACGUUGAUGUCCAAGCUGUGUUAAAAUUCGUGCACUCCGCGGAGUUCAAACAAUUGGUCAUCGAAAUCGAAGCCAUGUCCGAAAUCAGGAACAUCAUGAACUACAUACAGACAAAUGGACUGGACAUCUACCAGAUUGUAAACCACAUUAACAAGUACCUCGAUCUCGAUUCAUUGGUACCACCAACCAACGUCCGAAUGGUGAGGGCCGCUGGUGGAAUCCGCGGAAUGCUCGACGAGGUUAAGGCCCUUGUACCCAAGGAGAAGAUCCGGGAACUGUAUAGAACGAAAAUGGCUUCAUCCAAAGUAUUUGCCGAUUUAGUCGCUCAAUUGAAGUCACCGGAAUUCCAGAACGUCGCCAAUCAAUUGUGCAAUAACGCUACCUUCAAACACGUGUUGGUCGAAGCCAAAAAGGCCCAAGUCGAUAUCGACGGUUUGGCAAGAUUACUCGAGACCGUUUUGGGCCUUACGCUCCCCUGCAAACCAAUGAAGUUCUCACUGGUAGCACUCUCUGCGAUGGUUGCCUUCGCAACCGUCAACUGUUAUCACCUGCCAGCAUUCGGGGAAGGUCCCCUAUACGAAGACAUUCAGUAUUUCAUAGACAUGAUCCCCAUGGAUGAAGUAAUGCGAGUGAUUGUACAGUACACCGUCAAGGACUCCGAGUUCCAACAACUCCUAAAAUACAUGAAAACGGACGACUGCAAGCAAAUGGUGAAUGAAAUCGAGGCUAUCCCCGAGUUCCGUACAUUCGCCAGCUACAUGGACAAGCAUGGAAUCUACAUGUAUGAUGCGUUGAACAAGAUGAACAAGGUGAUCGGCCUGCCAUCGUUCCAGCCCAUACUUGUUAAGAAGGAAAUCACUGGAGGAUUGACUGGUCUCUUCAACGAUGUCAAAGAACUGAUCUCCUACGACGACAUCAUCCAUGGUUACGUUUACAAGAUGAGGACAUCCCAAGAUUUCCGUGAUUUCGUCGCCGAACUGAAAUCCGAAGGUCACCAGAACUUCGUUAACGCGCUGUACAAGAACCAACGUUACCUGGCCUUCCGUGCUACCCUGGUCAGCAAGGGUUUGGACAUCACUCUGAUCGAAGAUGUCAUCUACACUGUCCUUGGUAUCGAGUUCCCAGUUUUGGACACCACCAACGCCUUGUACGACAACCAACUAUCCAAAGACAUCCAGGACUUCAUCGACCUGAUCGAUAUGGACAAGGUUAUUAAAAUCAUUUCUAAUUACUUGGAUGAUGACCAGAUACAGGAAAGUCUGAGAUAUUUCCGCAGCGAAGAGUUCCACGUACUGGUACGCAAAGUCGAAGCCCUGAAGCCCUAUCAAAAUUUGGUUCAAUAUUUACACAACGCUGGCCUAAACAUACACGGCCUGAUCCAGAAGAUCCAUAAAUUGUUCGGUAUGGAAGACUACGUUCCACCCAGUGGCAACUACUUCAGCUUCUUCGUUAACCGCGGUGGUAUGAAGGGUUUGAUCGAUGAUAUACUCGCUUCACUCCCCGUGGAUAAGUUCAAGGCCAUGUUCGAAGAGAAGAUGAAAACCUCACCGGAUUUCCAGAACUUCGUUAAACAAGUCCAGUCCAAAGAGUUCGAAGAGAUCAUUGACACGGUCUACAGUGAACCCAUCUUUCUGGAAAUGAGACAGAAGGCGAUAGACAUUGGUUUGGACAUUCAACGAGCCAGACAAUUGUUCGAAGAAAUCGGCAUUCUCCUUCCCAGACCAUCUUACUAAUUAUGGAUUUAUAACGAUUCGUUUUUAUCGACUUUACAUGUUACUCUCUAAUGUUUAAUAAAUUUGCUUGU